GCGAGCGGGUGCGUCCCCCGCACCCUGGGGUGCGCCCCAAUGCGCGCGGCGCGGCGCGGCACGGAUGGGACCCGUAUCGGCACUCUGUCGCCGUAGCGAUACGAGUAUGAAAAGCCAGGCAGGUGGCAAGGGAGGCUGCUUGCACGCUUCCAGGGAAGCGCCCGAAAAUGUGCUUUGUUGGCUGGAACGGGCGAUGAGUCGGGGGCGCCCGCCCUGCACAACGGCCUGGGCUUUCAGGGAGCGGGGGCGCGCGGAGCAAGGCAGCGCUGUGUCGCGGGUGGGAGAGGUGUUUGACCACCGAGUGCCCGUCCCCGGGGCUGAUGCAGCCCGAGCUACGUGCCACGGUCCGGGUGUGCAGCCGAGUGAUCUCACGGAAAUGGCACUUGGGCGGCGAGGAGAGCGGCUCGCGCGGAGUUGAAAGGCAGGCGUGUGGUUUGUUGGGUUGGUUUCAGCUUUCACAACAUUUAUGCUUGCGGGUAAAGGCAGAGCCCUCAAAAGGGUCUGCGCUCCGCGACGAGCUUCGUUUUGGGGUUGCUCCUCUGCCGCAAGGGCGGGUUUUGCUCUUUCUUUCGUCUUUGCAAUGCCUUGCACCCAGCCACUUCCUUCCCUUCGGCAUUGCCAGCGAGAGACGCGAGUCUGCAGGAUCUUGAUUCGGUCGCGAUGCCGUCCGCGCCUCGAGCGUCUAGGGUCGGCACGUGGGAAAGCGAUCCCUUUGUUUGUUUGUAAGCCAUGCAGAGUCCACGUGCGAUCGGCCCCACGGUACUGCUGCCUGCAGAGUCACUCUUCGGAGCGUGAGUCGUGCCUGAAAAUUUCACAUCCUCAUUUCUUUCUGCUCCUGCAUGCACAAAGCCACGGAGCCGGUGUGAAACCUGUCCCUCGACACGGGUAUUUGGCGUGCUCGCUUCGGCAAUACCUGCUUGUUCUGUCCCGUCGGUAAUAUUAUUCCAUCAAAACAAUGAGCUAAACGCCCACGUUGUCGCUGCUUGGUGUGGCAGAUGGCACGCCUCCGAGUAAUUUCAGCUCGGAUCCCAUUGACCUUACAAAGUUAUAUCAAGGAUAAAUUUGACUCGCUUUGUCCAGGCGAGCAAAUGGCUUGAAAACCCGAGUAAAAUUAAACUGGCCCCCCUUCUUCGUGCUGGCGGUAUGGUAGGAUUCCCGUUUUUGUUUUGGAUCCCAGCAGGGAUUACUACAAAACGAAACCGCCGAAACCUUAUUAGCACGUUUUUUUUAUAGAAAGUGUAAAUAAGACGGCUUCUAAACCGAUCAAAUAAUAAAACAGCACCAGUGAUUCAGAUUAUUUAUUCAAUUACUCUAUUCAUAAAGCAUCUCUCCUGCUUACCUCAUUUAGAGCGCUGCAUGAUCUGUAACUAAAAUUAAAUACAGAUUUGGCCCGGAGCCCAGGAAACCUAACUAGUCUUUCCCUCAAGAGCCGCAGAGGGCACAAGAGCAUUGUCCCCAAAGGAAAACGGGGGGACCAGGGCGGGGAAGAGAGGAGGCCGAGAUGAACUGAAAAAUGUCUUGCCCCGGAUGCUAGAAACACUCGACGAGGCAGUGGGUUCUCGCUAUUUAAGCUGCGGGAUUGGCAGCCAGGGGACCCGAAAUCUAGCCCGGCCCCUUCCAGACCGCUCCAGCGGUCUCGGAUUGACACGAGGGGAGAAACUUUCAGCAAGACCUCGUUCCCAGCCCUUGCCGCUGCGUCCUGGAGCAGAUGGACGAGUGUCCUGCCUAUGCCGUGCUCCUAGCCCAUCCAUGAGCUCAGAUUUCCAGCACUACAGUUUCAGGAUGCCGAACAUCGGGUUCCAGAACCUGCCUCUCAAUAUAUACAUCGUGGUUUUCGGCACCGCCAUCUUCGUCUUCAUCCUCAGCUUACUCUUCUGUUGCUACUUGAUCAGGCUCAGACAUCAGGCACACAAAGAGCUUUAUGCCUACAAACAGGUUAUUCUAAAGGAAAAAGUAAAAGAGCUUAACCUGCACGAGAUUUGCGCCGUUUGCCUGGAGGAAUUCAAGCCCAAAGACGAGCUGGGAAUCUGUCCGUGUAAACAUGCCUUCCACAGAAAGUGCCUCAUCAAGUGGUUGGAGGUGCGAAAAGUGUGCCCGCUUUGCAACAUGCCCGUGCUCCAGCUGGCGCAGCUCCACAGUAAGCAGGACCACGGGCCGCCCCAAGGCCCCCUGCCCGGGGCGGAGAACAUUGUAUAGCUUUCCCCAAGAAACAGACUUGCCCAUCAUGACCGAUACUGCCAGGGUAACAACAACGGACCUAUGCAGAGAAUCGUGGACCUCGGGAUCCGUAGCUUACCGCCUCGGUGCCUCUGCUAGGAUUCCCUUCGUCUCAUGAGGGCCUCCCAACACGCACUUCGGGGGGUGGGGCCAGAUGCUGGGACUCGAACAACCAAAGCACUACACCACUGGCGCAAAAAGACGCCAGAAGGCAGCGGCAGGCCGGUGUGGGUGGGUUUCUGAGAGCACUUUAUGACCAUCCCCGUCGCCUGGAUGACCCGCCUAGGCCGGGUCCCUGUUUCCAGCGAGCUGAAUCCGCAGCGGACGGAGCAGAAGGGAUCGCGUUACAAAUGCAACGGGAGAACUCAAGAGGCAGAGUCCCUGGCGGCACGGGCCCGGGAGCCUCGAAUGGCAGAUUCAAUACAGGCCACGCACGCCUUCUCCUCUCGCAUGGGGAAAAGUAAAUGCACACGCUUCACGAGCCCCUUGGAAACGCACCUCUCCGCAGCCAAACCCAACCGGCGGUUACCUCGUGCUGAACUGCCGGCGGCUGGCCAAGCGAGCAAUGCCAAGGCAAAGGUUUUACAUCGUUCCUGUAAUGAGAUUUUCCCUGAGUCAUGGACUUAAGCAGGACCUCUGACAUUGUCCUAUAAGCCCGGGGCGGGGGAAGUGGUGCCAUCUGCCAAGAGCCUCGGAGGGGGUUUAACUGCACCACCCCGGGCUAACAAAGUCUGAGAGGGGGCUUUGCAAGCUUUGGGUUGGAUAUGUCGCAUCAAAGAACUGAGUGUGAGGUGCAGGCGUGGCUGGAUUUGAGGUGUUGGCCAGCUAAAGAUCUGGAGCCUUCGGUUUUGGAGAUCAACACGUAUGUGCCCGUGGAUUGGAUCUGCUCUUGAACUGCCCCCGGGGGUGGGGAGUCCCUCAUCCCUCCUCCCAAGCGGUGGCAUGGUGGUAGUAGGGGUUGUGUUGCAUUGUGCAAAGUGCUAGGAAGCCAGCUUGGGGUACAAGCACUUACUGCUCCCUACAUAGCACCUGCAUGCAUGUCCUCGUCCCCCUGCAGUACAAAGCCCGAACAUGCCUGAGUCCCUGCACUUGUAUGAACGCUCCUGCCCUUUGCGUCCGAGCGGGCUGAGCUGGUUGCCGUUACAGCAUUGCCUUCUCUGGUCUCUGUGCUCAGCCAGCUAAACCUGAGCAGCUGAGACCGGGGGGUGAGCACGCCCAGCUCCGGUCAGUUCAGCAGAGCUCCUGCCUCCUGCCCUCGGGCUGAUUCUGCCCUUCGCUGUCCCGCGUCCGCCGAAGCGCGGAGCAGUGCCGUCAUCCCGGGGUGCAGCGCGGUGGGUGUUUAGCUGGAGCGUGUUUGAGCAGGGUGGGGUUACGGUUCCCAGACCCAUUUUCAGCAUGGCUCAGUCUGUAGGCUAGUGCGAUUCCUCGCUGCGCCUGUCGGGAGCAGCCAAGACGCAGAUGGACCAGAGGGACAAUUCUUCUUAGGGAUGUAGCCAGCCACUACGUUACACAUGCAUUUGACUUGUCCCCUUGUCUGUCAUGGGACAGCUCUUUCUCCUCCUUUCUCACCCUUAUGCGCUGGCAUCCUGCUGUCCCGUGGCUGUAUCAGGGUGUUACCGCUGUUCCCAUUCAGGACCAGCGUUCUGGCCCUGUAACAGUGCUUUUAGGCUCCAUGACUCCCCCCCACCCCAAUCUGUUGCCUUUUGCGACCGCACUGAACUACCCAGAGCCUUUCAGGCUUGUGCACGUUGCCUCGGCCUUUCUAAUCUGGUACCGUGGUGAUGUGUCAGAGCAGAAGAGGCAUCGUGAUGCUUGUCCUGGGGCUCCUGCUGAGGCUAUGUCCUCGAGAGCAGCAGGGCAGGCCGGGGCUACAGCUUCCUUUCCGCCGUUGGCAGCUUGGCAGUACAACUGUGCCUGGAAAGAGCUUGCCUGGAGUCUGAGCCAGGCACGGUCGGUGAAGACCCUGGCCCACACCCCAUUGCACUCACUGAUCUGCCUCAAGCUCUGAUCUUCCCAUCUAGCAUACACGGUCCCAACGUGCCUGUGAAAUAAGGGACGUCUGUAGAGACCUGAAUAGCAAACCUCCGGGAUGCUGUACCCAGUCCUACUGCCAGCGGGAAGUUUUCACCAUCGAUUUUUUUUGUUUGUUUGUGGGAUCCGGUUCAGACCAUCUUUGCCGGGCGGUGCAGACAGGCCCGAUGAUCCUUCCAGUCUGCUUUUGUUUUGUUUUCCCGCUGCUGCUUUCCUUUCCUUUCUAUUGAGUCCUUCACAAAAAUCCACCUCCCCUGGCGCGAGACAAUUGGGUAUCUGCAAAACAUGACCCCCAGCAAACCCGCAGUGUGAUAGGGAGGUUUGUGUUUGAACAAUUAAUCGCGUAAAUAUUGACCCAGGCUGAGUCAGCAAGCCUCCCUGGACUCACCUGACCAAGGCUGGGUUUCGGUUUGAUUUCCAGUACAGCUGCCUUUUGUGUUCCUGUUUCAUUCACGAAGAAAGCAUGUGAUCCCCUUACUGUCGCAUGUUAGGGACGGCACCAAAGGGGCAGCGGUGUUCCCCUGACGACUGGGAAAAGUCUCCAAACUCCUCUGAAUGUUUCAGGCCGUUAGCACCGCAGGCUCUUCCUCGUCAUAGUGGAAGUGGCUCGUAGACCGGGCCCUGACGGCACCUAGGGGGAGUGUGACCAAGGGCUGCUCAAGAGUUGAUGCAUCUCCAUGUGUGUGGCUGAAUUGGGAAGCGACCAUGAAUUGUGUAGGGCUUCCUGGUCCAUCAAAGGUCCCAGCUCCCCGAGGAGAGGACUUGCAGCUGGAGGUGUGUGCCAGCAGUUUGCUGGGUCAGCGCUCAACGAUCCUUUAGUGGCUUCGUUGGUCAGUAAUAGCGGGGAUUCAGCUCCACGUUGGGAUGGGAAUCUGCUCUGGCUCUGCAGUGUGAAAGUCAAGGCCACCUGUUGCCUCUUUGGAGUGGCCUCUGACGUGGUGACUCCUCUCCCUUUGCAUCAAAUCUCCAUGUCCCCAGCCUCUCUGUCUGAGCAAGAAGACUAGAUUGAAUGGUCCCGGUAGGCACCUGUGCUCUCACCCCCUUCUUAAAACAAAAGCCCCAGUCAUACGACGGCAUGCUGGUUUUCAGGAGCACCGUCUGCUCUGAGCACGUGGCAUUUCAUCUCCAGGGUGAAACAUUUAUUUUUUCCCUAAAUCCCCUGGAACGAAAAUUUAGGAAUAAACUCUUCCAGUUCUGCGUGCAACAUCAAGCUACAAGUAAACGUCAGGCGAUCCGAUAUGGCAGCCAAAUCCUGCGGUAUGCCUAAAACCCAAGGGGGGGCUUUCAUACCCUCCCGCAGGGUUGGAUGGAGCUGGUGUCACUUGAAAUGUCCCUUGGAUCGAGCAGUGGGAUUUGUGGCACGUGCGUGCGCUGUUCGUUGGUUUAACGAGCACGUAUGCUCCGACUGCUGCUUUAUCCCCUUGACUUCACCAAAAUAUUCACCUCCCACUCCUGUCUCCACCAUCUGCUUUCUCGGAGGAGCGAGGGGUCUUUUUGCUUUCUUUCGAAGGGCUGUUGCAGAAACUGAGACGUCAUCCUUCCCCUUUGUAAUCCGUGUAUAGCCAUCGAGACUUCACUCAGGUUGGACUUGCUGAGUUUUAUUAAGGUAGUUUGACAGUCCCACUCUGCAGCCUCUCUAACUGGCACAACGCACCGUGUCGUUCUGGUAUCCGCAGAGCAAGCGACUACCUCAAGCGGACCGUUUCAUCUCUUCAGCAGCGGCGGUGCUGAGCAUGCUGCUGUUUUACACCUCCCUCCGGGAACGUGCGGGCGCGCUGCAUUCUCUCCAGUUGGCAAAACCGAUUAUUUUUCGGAGCAUUCGGCAGUAUCCGUGCCUGGCUUUGGUCCAGUCCGCGUGAACGGGUGGCCUGAGUAUGUCAAUGAUUGGAUCCAGCAGGAGUGGAUCUCAGUACAUUUGAGACAUCAUCUUGA